ACUCGCGUUGGGGGCGAACGUUGAGGCUGCAGCUGGGCGGAAAAGGCGGGAGAAGACUGCCGCUUCCGCGUACGCGCAGCACAGAAACAACAGUAGGGCAAAAUGGACGAGAAGUUAAUUUUGGCCGUAUUUAAUUAUCCAGAGCUGUACAAUGUCACUUUGCCGAAUUACCGCUGCACAGAAAGUCGGGCAAAUGCUUGGAGGAACAUCAGUAUCCUAUUGGGUCUGUCAUCUGAGGAGUGUAAAAGAAAAUGGAAGAACAUGAGAGACAGGUACUUGAAGGAAGUUCGAAUGGAGAUCAAAAGCAAGAAGCAAGGAGAGAUUGUGCAAAGCAGAUGGAAAUACAGACAACUUAUGAAUUUUAUUGCACCAUUCGCUGGAUCAAGAAGUGGAGUGGCAGACAUCUGUGGCAACAAUGAUGACGACCACGACAAUCCUGACAACGAAUCUGGCAGCGUGGAGGGAGAAAACACAUCAUCGGAGACAGUCAAGACACCGCAGUCUAUUGUGAAGGUCCCUGCAAGUCAGCCAGACCUUAAGCCCCAGGUAACAUUUGUCCCACAGGUCCCUUCAGUGUCUCAGGACACGCAGAUGGCCCAGCUGGCUGCUCUGGCUAAAAUGCCUUCAGGCUCACAGAUCAACCCCAGCAGCAAAACUGGAAGGAAGCGGCGUCUAGUGCAAGAGUCACUUUCACUGCCUUCUUCUCAAAGCACACCAUCCCCUACAAAAUGGUUGGUCAAAGACAAUGGCACAACAUUUCCCAGCAGGCCACGGGAUGAGGAUGAACUGUUCCUACUUAGCUUUGUGCCCGCUCUGAAGAGACUUGCUCCACAGAAAAGGUGUGAGACAAAAAUAAAGAUUCAGCAGAUUAUGUAUGAAGCAGAGUUCAACGUUGCACAGCCAGAACUUCAAGAGAAACAGCUAGAGCCAGAAACGCAGGACUAGACCAAACUGACUGUUUUUGGACUCUUUUUUUUUUUUCUAAAAUCCUUUUCCACAAAAUGACCAAAAUAUCUAUUUUUACAGCAGUAAAUUUGAGUUUAAAGUACAUCUCUUUUUACAUGUGACAUAAUUAAUCGUGAAGAAUGACUUAACUUGGUCAGAUUUUCAACAAAGCAUUGAACAAAUUGCUGAAUUUUUCCUCAUCUUUCUUGUUUGGUGCGUCUUGAGUUGCAUAUUUAUUAGAUGAGUAUGACUUUUGGGGGAAUGAAGCCAAACUAGAUUCACACCUUAAUAAAACAGCAGACAGAUUAUGAUUAACAUUUUUAUUUACAUAGUUUUACUGUCAAUAGAGUAAAUUCACAUUUAGAAAACUUGUUUUAUGAUCAACUGACCAACAUUCAUUUUAACUCUGUAUUAUUCUACAGUAUUUUACAUUUAAUUACAGUGACGGAGAACUGAGAGAAAGGAACACUGUUCAUAAAUUAAUUUUUUUAACCGCUGA